GGUAGGCGUAUCACUACAAUUAUGGAACAAAUGAAAAUCAGAUACAAGAAUUUUUGCUGGAAUGGUAAUAAAUCAGAAAUUCAAAAUAUAGUCUACCUGGAAUUUCCAUAAACUUGGAUAUUCCACGUUUCAGUUCAAACAUAUCUUCAAGGAUUGACUUGUUUAUUAUGUGACUUCAAAGGAUUAAAAACCAUUUGAGCCUUUAUUAUAUAAAAACCUACUCCAUAGUCCAUACUUCGUUCAUUUUUAUACUCUCUUAUCAUUUUCAUUUUUCGAACGGAAAAUCGAUCUUGUUCGAAUGGCAUCAUCCACCGGCGAGAAAGGUCUCAUCGUGAGCUUCGGCGAGAUGCUCAUUGACUUCGUCCCUACCGUAUCCGGCGUCUCCCUCUCCGAAUCCCCCGGAUUUCUCAAAGCUCCCGGCGGUGCUCCGGCCAACGUCGCCAUCGCUGUUUCACGUCUUGGAGGUCGUGCCGCCUUCGUUGGGAAGCUGGGAGACGAUGAUUUCGGUCAUAUGCUCGCCGGAAUCUUGAGAAAGAACGGUGUCGACGAUCAGGGGAUCAAUUUCGACGAAGGGGCGAGAACUGCACUCGCUUUUGUCACUUUGCGUUCUGACGGAGAACGAGAGUUUAUGUUUUACCGGAAUCCCAGCGCCGAUAUGCUUCUCCGGCCAGAUGAACUGAAUCUUGAACUUAUCAGAUCCGCGAAAGUGUUCCACUAUGGAUCAAUAAGUUUGAUAACAGAGCCAUGUAGAUCAGCUCACAUGAAGGCAAUGGAAGUGGCGAAAGAAGCUGGAGCUCUUCUUUCCUACGAUCCAAACCUCAGGGAACCUCUUUGGCCAUCACCUGAAGAAGCUAGGACACAGAUCAUGAGUAUCUGGGACAAGGCUGACAUCAUUAAGGUCAGUGACGUGGAGCUUGAAUUCUUGACCGAAAACAAAACCAUGGAUGAUAAGACAGCAAUGUCUCUAUGGCAUCCCAACCUUAAGCUCUUGCUUGUUACUCUCGGCGAAAAGGGAUGUACUUAUUUCACAAAGAAAUUCCAUGGAUCGGUAGAAACAUUCCAUGUGGACGCCGUGGAUACUACCGGAGCUGGAGAUUCGUUUGUUGGUGCACUUCUACAACAGAUUGUUGAUGACCAGUCCGUACUCGAGGAUGAAGCGAGGUUGAGAAAAGUGCUGAGAUUUGCAAACGCUUGUGGAGCCAUCACAACAACUAAAAAAGGAGCCAUUCCAGCUCUUCCUACAGACAUUGAAGCUCUCAGUUUUCUUAAAGACCAAAAGAAACGUCAAACCAAUCUUAAAUUCUCAAAAUGGUGUUGUACGGCUUCUCCUUGUUAAUUUUGAUUUUGUGUGAGUUUAGAUCCAAGCUGAUAAGUCUUAUUUGAAAUAAAAGAUCCCAC